CUCACUUCUCGCAGAUGAAAACCUGGGAGAGGAACUGUUUAGUCGACUGCGCGAUUGCCACAUGCGGACCUAGUAAUUCUUUCUGCAAACUGCAACCAUGGCUGUGUUUUAUGCUGCCUUUUUUGGCUGCAUUUUUUCUCUGGGGCUGCCUCUCAACGCCGUGUCGCUGUGGAUUCUGCUUCGCUUCCACGGCCUCAGGUCAUCCAACGCCGUCUUCAUGAUCAACCUGGCAAUCUCAGACCUGAUGCUCGUCAUCACCUUGCCUCUGAGGGUCUACUUUUACGCUACAGGCACCUGGCCUUUGGAUAAUUUCACCUGCGUUUCUAUCACAAUGCUAUUUCGCAACAACAUUCGCUCCAGCGCCAUCUUCAUCACUUUCAUCAGCGUGGACCGGCUGCUGGCUGUGGUUUAUCCGCUGAGGUCACGGCACAUACGGACUGUUUCCAACGCUGUGAGAGGCGCUGUUCUCGUUUGGCUCUAUGUGGUGGUGCUGAAUAUUCCCGAGAGUAUCAGUUUCUCGAGGGCUUUGCACAGUAAGAGCAACGCAACUUGUUUUGAAUCGGUUUACUCUGGUAAUUUGGCAAGUUCGGCAAGUUCGGCAAGUUCGCUGAUUCAUGUCAUUCAGGUCACGUUAUUGUUCAUCAUGCUGGCAGUCAACUUCGGAAGCACUGUCAUGGUAUUUUGGACGCUGCGCCAUCACCUCAGUGAGUCCGCAAAGGUCAACAGCAAGGUGAAUGUGAUGGUGAUCUUUGCCCUGAACUUGGUCAUGUUCAUCAUCUGCUUCAUACCAGUUUCAGUCAUGCCAUUUUUUCAAAGCAGAGGGUCUGAUCUCACACCCUUGAUAUGUCUUGCUGCUGUGAACUGCUGCUUGGAUCCACUGUGUUAUUACUUUUCCCUGGAUGCCUUCUGGAAGAAAAGAGCGGAUGAUGAUGAUGAUGAUGAUGCAAGAAGAGGACAGAUGACAUACCAAACUGACUGAGGUUCACGAUGUUUUACUUGUUUUAGUUGUCACGCUGCUUUUUUAUGUAUUGGUUGGCAUGUGAUAUUAGUAUGUUCGGACUGUCAUUUCUUUCUUUUAGGCAAUCUGUUUUUGCUUGUUCUUCAUUUUGCAGGACCCAAACAUAGCUGUCCGUGUAGCAAUGUGGUGUUUGUGAUUAGAGGUUUUAGUAGACGAAAGUCCAUUUAUGCUGCCAGGCUGUAGCAUUACUACGGAAAUAAUUCAGAGAAAAUACCAAAUUUGUUUUACCAAGCAAUAUUAGUCCAAGCUGUUCUUGGUUAUUAUUAAAGGCAUACUAUGCAACAUUUUUCUGUUAAUUAAUGUGUUCCAUACCGUUUUGGAUGAUUAAAUGAGUCAUUUCAGUUCGA